AAUUUUUUAAUUCUUAAUACAUCAUCACAUCAAAGCUGUCUACUCCUCCUUGCCCUAAUUACACCUAGUUAAACGACCACCUUGUGUGCCUUGUACGUGAGAGGCGAAGUUUUAAAUACUGUCCGCUCUAUACGAUCUACCGGCCAGAUUAGGAGAAGCUUUGGCUCAUCGACCAUGGGGUGAACUGGCAAAUAAGAAGUACUGUAUUUGCGAUCAUUCUAUCUACUUCGUCUUACCCCUUCGUUUAUUACCGGGAAUUGUAUAAGGCCUCAUCUUUAGGGUGCUACAUGUGCUUUCUUGUCUUUCGCCUAUAUUACCUACUUUUCUAUACGAAUCAUGCAAUUCACCGCGACUCCACAUCUCUUGUCCAUCCGCCACUACAUUGUGUUGUAUUGUCCUGAAGUCUGAGUUGUUAUUGAUAGGAGUAGUACUUGCGGUAGAGGUGUCCGGAAGAGGGGAUUGAAAGGAAAUAUGUCUCGACUGGCGAUUUCUCGAAGUUGUCAAUAUAGAAUCGCACGAUGUUUUCCGCUUGUGCGAUCUUUCUCGACUACUCACUGUCGUCACGAGAUCCUCGACCUUUCCACUCUUCCCGAUCGCAUAUCACCCAAGUAUAAGGAGAGUUCGACAUCUUCACUAUUAUCUCUCCAGUGGCCGGAACCUCCUCGGAAUAUACUGAUCAUCCCUAAGCUUCUCGCCCCGAAGGUCACCGCUUCCGCCGCCUCCUUUGCGAGUCAUAUCCAUAACGAAUAUCCUAAACUGAAUCUCGUCUUUGAACGCCGGGUCGCAUCCACUAUCCACGAGUCGCUGCCUUUCCCCAUCUAUACAUCUGAUCCGACCCAUUUCCCUAACAAGAUCGACCUCGUAACCACCUUAGGCGGCGACGGAACCAUCUUGCGCGCAGCUAGCCUUUUCAGUCUCCAUUCGUCCGUGCCUCCGAUAUUAUCUUUCAGUAUGGGAACGUUGGGCUUCCUUGGCGAGUGGAAGUUUGAAGAAUAUAAGCGUGCUUGGCGUGAGGUAUACAUGAGCGGUAGUCGUGUUGCCGUCGCCGACUUGCAGGACCCUCAUACACAGGUUGCCACUAAUAGCCGGUCUGACGAGGACGAGGGCGAUCUUCAUAGUAGUUGGGGCGGCGUUCGUGGAAAGAGUAUGGGACUCACUCGCUCUAGCAAGAUUCUCCUACGCCAUCGGCUGAAGGUUGGGAUCUACGAUGCCGCUGGCGUCAACGUGAAUGAGCAACUCAUGCCGACCUCGACUGCCGAGCCGCAACAGUCCAUUCCGAAGAUUCCGGACCUCCGGCACGUAGGAGGUGUGGUAGAACAACCACUUGCAUCCCGACAAUUCCACGCCGUGAACGAGCUCGUCAUUCACCGUGGCCCAAACCCUCAUCUUGCUAUCAUCGAUGUCUAUGUCAACAACCAUUUCCUGACGGAAGCUGUAGCCGACGGUAUCCUAAUUAGUACACCGACAGGAUCUACUGCCUAUUCCCUGUCUGCUGGCGGGAGCAUCAUGCACCCAUUGGUCAAGACGUUGCUGAUCACCCCGAUCUGUGCUCGUAGCCUCAGUUUCAGGCCCCUUGGUCUUCCUCUGAAUACCAAGGUUGUUCUUAAAUUGAGCGAGAAGAAUCGCGGACGUGAAAUCGAAGUUAGCAUUGACGGCAAGCGGAGGGCCGGGGUAACUAUUGGAAUGGAGAUCCGUGUCGAAGGAGAAGCUGUCGGUCGUACCCCUGACGGUAGCUGGGCCGGCGGCGUACCUUGUGUUAUUCGAUCGCCAAGCAAAGCUGACGGCGACCGAGAUGGAAUCGCCGAGGACGAUGACGGAUGGGUUGGUGGGUUGAUCGGCCUGCUCAAAUUCAACUAUCCAUUUGGUGAGGGACAAUGAACCUCACGCCCAUCAUGGAGACUGAGGCACAGCAAUCACGUACUAUAGGUAUUCAUCGAUGGCGGCUCCGGGUUGAUGAUUCGACAUAGGUCGUACUAUUACUGACGAAC